AUGGAAAACAAAGAAACUUUGAUGCAAGACAAAAAAUGCUAUAGUUUCAAAAAAGAACAAAUGGAUGUUGCCCAAAAAAAUUAUGCAACUGAUCAUGAGAACCAAACAUUCUUCAUGUCAAAUGAUGCUGAAGAGAGUGCUUGUCUUGAUGUUAGCGAUGAACAUAACAGCAAUGUAUCUACCGAAAAUAGACUUUAUGUUAAUAAGGAAAUGGAUUUUUUACCAAUGGAGGUUGAACAUGAAACAGAUGUAAAUACCAUUAAUGACAAUGAUCGCCAAAAUAGAUUUCAGGAUCCUUAUUUCAUAAAGAGUUGUCAGAUUUAUGAAGAUGAAAUUGCUUGUACAGAAUUGUUUGCUCCUGACAUUGCCGCAACAAGCCAGUUGAUUCAAGAAAAUAUACGUCGUAACAAUUGUGAUGUACUGGAAAAUGACUUAGUUACUGAAGAAGCACCAAAUUGGCGAUUAUUUAAUGAUGCCCUGGAAAAACAUAAUAAAAGUGUAAUUUGCGAGAAACAAGAAAAUGAAAAAUUAACGAUUGAGAAAGAAAUGAAAAAAACUGUCAAAAGUUCUGAAAGCUACAUGUUAGAAAUGAAUAAUCAUGUUACUUAUAAUACAAAAUCAGAUGACAAUCAAAUCAAUCAGCUUCCAAUGACAAAAUACGAUCUUUGUGAAUUUCAAAAUAUGUUUGCAAAGACAAAUGAUUAUGAAAAAAAAAUGUCAACAGAUCGUUGUUCAAAACAUUCCGACGUCACUUCUUUGUUCGCGGAAAAGACAGUAACAGCAUCAAAAGGAGAUGUUAUAUCAAAUGGUUUUAAUAUUUCUCCAGCAGUUGAACAAGGAAUUGCCAAAAAAAUAAUUAGUUUGUUUGAAAAUAGAAAGGAAAAUAAUGUGUCCAACGAAUUCAAAACAGAUAUUGACUUUAAUAAAGCAGAAGGUUUUACAAAGACACUGAAAGAAAAAUCUAUCGUGACAAAAAGUUUAUCAACCGAUGUCAAUAAUCAUAUCCCUGGAGAUUUUAUAGUGUCAAUAGCUAACAAAUCUUUAUUUCCAAAUAAUGAUAAUAUACUUCCAAAAUUAGAAAAGUUUUCAAAAGUAGAUUGUAGGGAAGAAUAUUGUGUAACGGAAAAUACAUCCAAAUGUUUUCCAUCAUUCAACUCAUACAAUGAAAAGUCAAUUCCUCAAGGAAUUGCAAAAACCUUAAUCGAAAAGUGGAAAACAAAUGAUUUGGAAAACCAUAAUGACGGGACCAAAUCUUUAAAAUAUUUGGAUAUCAAUGCAAUUAUAGAAGCCGGCCAAGCUUCUCAAUCUGGGAUAUUUGAAAACGAUCCGGAAGUAAGAAUUGAUGUAUCUAGGGAAGAAGAUCAACUGCCAGAAGUAAAAUCACUUGAACAAAUGAAAGCUACAAAAGAAUUGUGGCAUAAGAUGGUUAAACAAAAUCCUAUUAAAAAUAAGUAA